CUUGGUUAAUACUUUCCUGCUUGUUCUGGAUUGUCUUUGGAAGAUAUUUUCUCGUCUGGGCCUAAGCUGACCGAUUCAAUAAAAUACCAAUACUCUAUGUCAUAUCUCUUCUCUACAUGAUAUAUAUGUAGAGUCCCCUCUAUGUAUGGGUGCAUAUAUACACCCAUUCUCUGAGAUGCAGUAAUACAUCAACAUACCUUGCAGAUACAAUACAUCUGGAAUAUCAGCCAACGAAGGACACGCAGACAUGAACAACAUCAACGUACAAAAGUACAAACACAUUGUGCAGUACUUUUGGGACCCCGAACCUAGGAACGAUCAAGAGCCAGACGCACCCAUCUGGUGUCUGGGCAGGGAAUAUAGCCGUAAUUUCCCACCCUACACCAUUAAAGGUCCAGCAGGGUCUCAGGAAUCAAUGCGUUGUGCAGAUAACGAGCUUCGCGAGCCAGACACUUCUACUGCUCCUCCAGUACAUGGCCUGAGUGCACACGGCUGGCCAGAGGCAUUCCUUGAUGACUUCGAAUCAAAGAUAUGGGUCACUUACCGAUCAAAUUUUGCCACCAUAUUGAAGUCUGAGGAACCCGAUGCAACGUCCACGAUGACCCUAGGUGUGCGACUGCGGAACCAAUUCAUGGACUCACAGGGAUUUACGUCUGACACAGGAUGGGGUUGUAUGAUAAGAUCGGGCCAGAGUCUCCUGGCCAAUACUCUGUCUAUCUUGCUUCUGGGUCGCGAUUGGCGUCGAGGAAGUAAAGUCGAAGAAGAAGCGAAACUUUUGUCACUAUUCGCUGAUUACCCGGAUGCCCCAUUCUCAAUACAUCGUUUUGUGAAACACGGUUCUGAGUCUUGUGGUAAAUACCCUGGGGAAUGGUUUGGACCAUCAGCAACCGCUAGAUGUAUUGAAGCACUCUCAAUCGAAUGUGAAAACCCCAUGCUAAGGGUAUAUGUCACUAAUGACAACUCGGAUGUUUACGAAGAUAGGUUCUUGCAGAUCGCUCGCAGUGACUCAGGACGCGUGAACCCUACUCUAAUUCUCAUCGGUACUAGGCUGGGGAUUGAUCACAUCACGCCUCUAUACUGGGAUGCGCUAAAAGCUACUCUACAGUACCCCCAGUCAGUUGGCAUAGCUGGGUAGGUAGCAUAUCAGCGUUCCCCCCUAUCAUAGAACUAUUCAAUCCUACGUCGGACUAAAUCACUCAUAUGACAGAGGCCGUCCAUCAGCAUCCCACUACUUUGUUGGGGCUCAAGGCUCAUUUUUCUUUUAUCUCGACCCCCAUCACACUCGUCCUGCCCUGUGUUAUACCCCUGACGAACCUUACUCCAAGGAACAAGUCGAUUCGUACCAUACUCGUCGAGUAAGGAGAAUCCAUAUCAAGGAUAUGGAUCCAAGCAUGUUGAUCGGCUUCCUUAUCAAAGAUGAAGACGAUUGGACCGACUGGAAACGACGUAUCAUAUCAACGGAGGGAAAACCAAUUGUGCAUGUCCUUGGUGGCGAGAUGCAGCCCGAUUUUGGUCAAGGCCGGAAGGAGGCGCUCGACGAAGUUGAAGCGCUGGAUGACUUUGAAGAUGGCUUGGAAUAGCUCCACUUUUACGAUUGUUGUUCAGAAGCUUUAGACAAGUUCUUAAUACUUCAUCUGGGACAGCUCUUCUAACAUUAGAAGAGCUGAAUAGCUCGAA